AUGGUCAAUUACAACUAUUCGGGAGCACAGCAAGCUGGCGAGGAGAAUGAUGACUUCGGUCUCUACUCUCCGCCGCCCCCGAGCACCGGCAGACUUACGAGGCGGGCAGACACCUCCGGCUCACCUCCAGGCAACCUCAUCCGGCAGCCAGCUCCACGCCCACGGGUAUGGCAGCAUCAGCACGCCUCAAGCUCAAGACACCUCCCACCUCCCGCACACGUUUACGCUGCCAGUCCAGACCUGUGCCCCGUCCGCGGCUAUGUCCUCGGCGUUCCCAUGGCCCCAUGUGACAUCGCAGCCAUCGAAGAGGGCGGUCACUACACCUGGCACAUGUUCCGCGCCUUCUGCAACAAGCUGCAGAACCACGUUCUGCGUCCCGCCGAAAUGCGCCGCGAAAACCCCCCCGCCGACCGAAGCACACAGGGCCCGCCGAGCGUGCAGAUGCUGCUUCCCCUCGGCUCCGGCACGCUUUCAGACGUGGGCGGCGUCGGGAAAGGCGCAGAAUGCUUCAGCGUAAGCUUCAGCAAAGCAUCGCCCAAGUACGACUUCGUCCUGAUGCCCGUCGCGCGCGAGACUCCCGACUGCAGUGUCACAGGCGGAUACUUCUGGUCGCUGCUCGUGCUCUGCCCGCGAAGCCGCACGGCGUGGCAUUUCGACCCGACGACGCACGAGCCGGCCGGGCAGGCCCAGCAGGAGUUCGCUAUGGGCUUGCUGCAGGAGAUAUACGAGCUGGAGGAGGAGCAGCAGCAGUGGGAGUGGCACGAGGUGGACGAGGUGCCGCGGGCGAGCUGGAGCGCGACUAUGGCGCAGGAGUCGGGCGUUGCGGUGUGGUGGAUGAUGCGGACGGUUAUGCUGCGCUUGAUGGAUUGGGAGAUUCUGGGCUGGGACAACAAAGGAAGGGCCGUCAUACUAUAUGAUGGGAAGCGGAUGCGCAUGGAGGAGUAUUGGAAUUUUAGAGUGGAGUCGGCGGAGUUGAGGAAUUGGUUUCGGAGAGUGAGGGAGCUGCAGAAGGGGUGGUUUCUGGAGGAGGUGGACUGGACUAUAGUCUUGAGCCCUCUAUUCGAACUGAAAACGCUCGCAUUGAGUAUGUCGCCUCUCAUGGGAAGUCUCAUUCUUAGUCACAUUGAGCUGAGGACCUGGAACUGUUCCCGAAAUAGCCUCACGGUGUACGUGGACAGUGAAAAACGGGACGCUGCAGGAAAGAGGUUUCAAACCCGUCGGGAGCUUCACCGUCUCACACUCGCAAACCGCAGUCGGCCUUUGCACUUCCUAGCCGAAAAGAGGGUGUCCUUGCAUCACCAUCCAGUAACAGACGGGAUUCGACGGCUGUCCCGCCUCACCGCCGACCCACAUCGUGACGACGAGAGAAGUGUCUGCGAGACGGCUUCCAGGGCCUUGGAUAUGCCCCCCACCCGCGAAGACAUCACCAUGCGCACAUCAGCGGAGAAUGCCUCGCUUGAAGGCUGUGAGGAGAUUUCGCGGCGCCCAUCAACACCGCCGGCACCAGAACAUCCACUUCCAGCUCCUGCCACCCCCAACGACAACAACGAGAAGCAGGAGCUCUCCAGCGCCCUCGAGCCUCAAGAUCCAUCUUCCAAGCCCACAUCAGAAGCGCACGCCAAACCUUCCACCACCCCUUCACCCAUCACCGCUCUCGAAACGUUCCUCACGCCCACCAAUGCUACCGCCCCCACUGCCGCCACCUCCUCAGCCCAGCAACCACCACCACCCCCACCCUACCGCCUCGUCAUGGCCCUCGAAAGCGUCACUCCCUACCAAGGCCCGAGCCACAGCUACACCGACCUUCCGAGCGACUUCUUCCCCUUCCAAGAAACGCUCGACUCGAUCCUCGCGCAGCAGCAAGCCGCCAACGAGCGCGCCGAGAGCUUCGUAGCGCGGCUCCGCGAUGCAGAGGAGGAGCUGCGUGUGGCGCGGGGUAUGGUGGAGCGGCUGGGCGAGGUGCUGGAAGCGGUGAGGGAGUAUUUUGGGAAGUGGGUUGAUGACUGUGGGGAUACCAGAGAUGCGGGAAAGGGGGAGAAAGAGGGGGAGAAAGAAAGCGCAGAGCAAAAGGAAGGAGGAAACGUUCUUGAUGUUGUACGGGAUGGGAUUGACUUGCUAGAUAAGGGGGUUGCGGAAGCGUAUGGGAAGGAGAAGAGGGAGAAGAAGGGAAAUACGUCGCUGGCGGUGGCUGUUAUAGCGAAGUAUGUCGAGCAAGUGCGCGUGUUGAGGAGGGAGAACACUGAGUUGAGGGAGAAGAUUAAGAUGCUGGGGAGGAAGAAGGGGAAGGGGAUGGCGUAG